AUGCCACUGCGACUGUUCGAACGCCUUUCGGCCGCCUUUUGGGGCUAUGUCUCGCCAGACCCUGUCACCACAAAGAGAAAAACCACUUCCACUCGGCAUGCUCGACCUUCGCGCCGCUCUCAGCCCAGUCCUGUCACCCCUCGACGCUCUGGUGGCUACUUGCCCCUCACACCCGCCGACACCAACACCGGCUCAAAAAGAAAGCGCGGUGCCGAAAUUCCAGGCUACGUCAAGAGAAGCAAAUACGAAGAGCUGCAAGUCAAGCUCCAGAACAAACUCGAGGAUGAAGCUCUCCGUCGCGAAGACAAAUUACUCGAACAAACUGCAAGAGCAAAAGAAGAAGAGUACCAGAUCGGUGACCUGUUUUUUACGCCCAUCGAGUAUGACAGUCAAGACGAGUAUGAGGAUGAGAGGAUUGGAGAUGAGGAUGAUGGAAUCCAUUACGAUUAUAACAUUUACAAUCCGACUCUUCGCUCCGACUUGCCUCUACCUGUACUAAGGCCACUUGUUGCAGACACUCUCUCUGGGCGUAUCACGGUUCCUCAGAUCGUCAUUGACAGUACAGAAGAAGAUGAAUCCAACGACGUUAUCAUCAACGUUCUUCCUCCAAAAACUCCUCCAAUCUAUGGCCGUGACGAUGAAGAUCACAUCGUCUUUGCCUCCACACCUGCCAGCGACAACUCCGCUCUAGAGAUCGGCCACACAGACGACACCCCCUCCUCUAUACUCGCAACCUCCCACAAAUCUGCUUCUCUCUAUGGCUCCUUCCUCGAAGAAGCCGCAGACGGCGAGGACACCAUUCUCCUCGACUCACGCGCCCGCGUCGGUAGUCUCGAAGACGAGCGCGUAUCCAAGGACCAACUCCUCGCCCGCGGCUGGCCACCAAACACCGUCAGUCUCAUCCAACGCAUCCACAACCGCGGCCGCGAACCAGUAUUUGCCUCCCACUGGCACUACGAUUUCCCCAUGAUGCCCGAAGGCAUGUUUUUGCCUCCUGGCCACGAACACCCCGGUUACAUCUACUCAACGCGCAACCGCAAUUUCCGCGCCAAACACGCAUUCGGCAAUCUCAUGCAACUAGGCCCAAAAGUCAGAGAUAAGAUAACCGUGGGUUUAGCGCCCGAAGCAUUGAUAGUCAAGGAGAUAAAACGCUACAUGGAGUGGGCAGACUGGGAUUCUCGCAACCAAUUCCCAGACUUUCCUUUUGUGGAAAUCUAUCAGGGGACGGUGGAUGAAGAUGUGAAUGCCAUGCAAGAUACUUUGCUCUCUCGCCUGGCUACCCUGCAUAAGUUGUGGCUCGAUGCCCCUACCAACCCCAAUGCUCCAAAACGUCCUGCUCCGUUCAUCGGCGCACCCCGCCGUGACGACGAUGAUGAGCCUCCUCCCCUCUACGGCAUUUUGGUCUCGCACACGUUGGUCGGAAUCGUCAUUUUCGUCCCCGGCGCAGAAAACAGUGAUUCGAUAGGAUAUCUACGCACGGUGGGUGUGUUCGAUUUCAACGUCUUGGGGUAUGAUGUUUGGACGAGCUUGGCGUUGGCGUUGCUGGUCGUGCAUGUAAAGGGUGAGGGUACGAUGAGAGGAUGCGGGAGAAGGAGAGAAGGUGUCAAGGAUCGGUGGCCUAGACAGUUGAGUCCGAAGAGUGAUCCUGAUAGAUGA